AUGGAACCAUUUGCUUGUUUGCUGUCUCGGCCUUCUCGCUCUCUCGACAUCUCUCGACCGAGGCAGUGGGGCACCCAGCGUGUGGGGUUCGCGGGCGCAUGGGCCCAGCUGGAGGCUCUCACCACGACGCCCAGCGACGUUGUCGUAGCGCUGAUCGACACUGGCAUGAACUUCAACCAUGAAGAUUUGCAAGGCAGGUUCUGGGUGAACACAGGGGAGAUACCGGGGAACGGUGUGGACGAUGACUUCAAUGGCGCCCUGACAGCAGCACUCGGCUUUGUAGAUGAUGUGAACGGCUUCAACAUCGUGGCCACUCGGCGUGCCUUUGGUCAAGUGAGCAGCAGCAGCUCAGAGCAAAGCACGUUCCAUGCGGUGGCGGCUGGGAAGCUGAUGAAUCGACUGAAUGGCAGUCCCGUGGACGAUGGAGGUCAUGGCACUCACAAUGCCGGCAUCAUUGCCGCGCAACUCAACAACUUGGGCGUGGCAGGCGCCGCUGGCCGCAACCAGCACAUCAAGCUGAUGGUGGUGAAGGCUCGAAUGCGGUGCAGCCUUGCACUGACCAGCCAGGGCGGCUACAAAAGUGAUGCCAUCGAGGCGCUGAACUACGCCAUGGCCAUGGGCGCGGAGAUCUCCAGCAACAGUUGGGGCGGCCACAGCGAGAGCCCGGCCAUGCAGAGCGCCAUCCAGUCGCACUUGGAGUAUUGUGGCUCCAUACGCGGUGUCAAGCACGUGUACAAGUACACCUACAAAGGCCACGAUGCCGCUGAGUUUCACAGCGCCUCCUCGCUAUGUCAAGACAUUGUCAGCUACUUGUCACUGAAGCUGAGAGGCACUUACCUGGGCAAUAUGCAGUACUCUUCUUUGACGGGUACCUCUUUUGGCACCUCAAUAGCCCUUUGUCUGCGCAGAUCCCUGAACGCCUUCAGCGCCAAAGUUUAA